UCUCUCUCUCUCUCUCUCUUUCUCUUUUUUGCUCCAACGCCUCCCUCUCUGUUUCUUCCCCUGCUCUUCUUCUCUUCUUUCUUUUUAUUUUAUUUGUUUUUUUCUCUGCCCCGCGAGAAUUCCUUCACCAACCCCCUCUGCGAAAAUGGUUCGAGGUUUCUAAAGCGCGUAUAUUUAUCUAUCGGAAGGAGAUAGCCGGUGGAGGAGCUGGCGAUCGAGAGAGAAUCAUCUCCAAAAAGAUAGGCUUUGUGCGGAGUAAGCUGAAGAAAGUUAUGGUGGGUCGGAUGAUUCGGAUGGGGAACGAGGACGCGGGUGGUCCGGCGUGGCUGAGGCCGCUGCUGCAGACGAGCUUCUUCGUGCCCUGCGAGGUCCACGCCGACUCCAGCAAGAGCGAGUGCAACAUGUACUGUCUGGAUUGCACCGGCGACGCCCUCUGCUCCUACUGCCUUCCCCGCCACAAGGACCACCGCGUUGUUCAGAUUCGGAGAUCGUCGUACCACAACGUGAUCAGGGUGUCGGAGGUGUCCAAGUUCAUAGACAUUUCGUGCGUGCAGACCUACAUUAUCAACAGCGCCAAGAUCGUGUUCUUGAAUGAGCGGCCGCAGCCGAGGCCCGGGAAGGGCGUCACCAACACCUGCGAAAUCUGCUGCCGCAGCCUCCUCGACUCCUUCCGAUUCUGCUCCCUCGGCUGCAAGCUGGGAGGCAUGAAGCGCGACCCGGAGCUGAGCUUCACGCUGCGUCCGAAGCCCAAUCGGGAUUCACUGCACGGAUCAGAGUCCGACGAGUCGUCCACCCCGAGAAAGGUCCGAAGAACGACGGGCUUCAUGAAUCGCUCCAUCGAGAUUCCCAUGGCGCCGUCCGAUGAUGAAGGAGGACACCUGACGAGCAGCAUUUCUCCGGGCACGCCUCCCAUCAUCAGCUACCGCACGUCGAGGCGAAAGGGUACACCACAGCGCGCUCCAUUCUAAUUAGAAAGAGAUAAGAUUCUGCAAAAAGAGCGGGCAAUAAUGAAAGAAUAAUUGAGUAGAAAAGGCAAAGAUCCAAUGCAUGUAGGAAGACAGACAAACAUCCAGCCACAUACAGUAAAUUAUCUUAGAAAUAAUAUACCCCCGGUAUAAUGUAAAGGACAUGCUGAAAUGAUGACUAAACAUAUAGGAGUUUAUAAGAGAGCGUAGGAAAUUACGGAACCCAAAUUAAUAAGCCUUCCACUCUUCUGGUGUGGGUUGUUUUCAGGUUUUCUUUAAUUACGUCCCUAAAAAUGUGUAUAUAUAUACAACUUAACUGUAUGUAUUCUUCCGGAAUCUAUAGGCACGCUGUAGGUCUUUCGAAUGUACAGAUAGCAUGCAGCCGUGUAAAAAGGAAACAAAUUAUUAUGUACAAUAUAUGUAUGUAGACUUCGAUCUCUGCGUUGAUGGAGCACGGUACUCAUCCUUUCAGGUCGUGUUCUGGGAUCGGUUCAUUAUGUAUAAUAAAGCUUUUCUUAA